AUGAAACUGAACUGCAGUGAGUCGGGGGCCUGUGGGGAGUCACCAGUCUCCCUGGGAGAGGACACAGGGCUCUGUCCCGUGGGAAGAGCGCGGCAUCCUGUCCUGCUGUCUAGGCACCCACGAGAGGUUCAAUAUGACAGCAUCUCAGCUGCGAGUACGUCUGAUGUCCAGGACCGUCUUUCAGCCCUGGAGCUGAGAGUACAGCAACAAGAAGAUGAAAUCACUGUGCUAAAAGCAGCACUGGCUGAUGUGCUAAGGCGUCUUGCUAUCUCUGAAGACCAUGUAGCUUCUGUGAGAAAAUCAGCACCAAGUAAAGGUCAGCCAAGCCUCCGAGAAGCUAUCUCGAUGUCCUGUAUAACUAAUGGGAGUACAGGAAGCAGGAAAACAAGCCACAGUUCCUCGGUUUCUGUUGCCAGAAAAGAAACUCUUUCAUCUGCUGCAAAAAGCGGUACAGAAAAAAAGAAGGAAAAACCUCCAGGACAGAAAGAAAAAAAAGAGGAAUCUCAUUCUAAUGAUCAAAGUCCACAAACUCAAGCAUCACCUUCUCCCCAGCCCUCCUCACAGACUCUCCAAACACACAGGCAAACUCAAGAAAGCAAGAGUUCUACUCCAGCUAAAAGCAUAAAGAAAUCCUUGACUGCUGAAAAACCUCACAGUGCUUGGGAGAGUUCAGAUGACAGUCGUAACAAGCUGCUGAGAGUAGCAUCAACAUCUAAAUUAAUAUCAAAAGUGGCAAAGAACGCAGACAAGCACAAAGAUGUCAUCGUCAGCCAAGCAAAAAUGUCAACUCGUGAAAAAAACAGCCAAGAGGGAGAAUAUAUCAAGAUGUUCAUGCGGGGUCGACCAAUCACAAUGUUCAUUCCUUCUGAUGUAGAAAACUAUGAUGAUAUUAGGACAGAACUGCCUCCUGAAAAGUUAAAACUGGAGUGGGUAUAUGGGUAUCGUGGAAGAGACUGUCGAGCCAACGUUUACCUCCUUCCUACUGGAGAAAUUGUAUAUUUCAUAGCAUCAGUGGUGGUACUAUUUAACUAUGAGGAGAGAACCCAGCGACACUACUUGGGUCAUACGGAUUGUGUUAAAUGUCUUGCAGUUCAUCCAGACAAAAUUAGAAUUGCAACAGGACAGUUAGCUGGAGUGGAUAAAGAUGGAAGGCCUCUGCAGCCCCAUGUUAGAGUAUGGGACUCGGUGAGCCUGGUGACGCUGCAGGUUAUCGGCCUCGGGACUUUUGAACGUGGAGUGGGGUGCUUGGAUUUUUCAAAAGCGGAUUCUGGUACUCAUUUGUGUGUAAUUGACGACUCUAAUGAGCAUAUGCUCACUGUGUGGGAUUGGCAGAGGAAAUCAAAAAUAGCAGAAAUAAAGACUACAAAUGAAGUUGUUCUUGCUGUAGAAUUCCAUCCAACUGAUGCAAAUACCAUAAUAACAUGUGGCAAAUCUCAUAUAUUUUUCUGGACCUGGAGUGGCAAUUCAUUAUCAAGGAAGCAAGGGAUAUUUGGGAAAUAUGAAAAACCCAAAUUUGUUCAGUGUUUGGCUUUUUUGGGAAAUGGCGAUGUGCUCACUGGAGACUCAGGUGGCAUAAUACUUAUAUGGGGCAAAACUACUGUAGAAUCUACUCCAGGAAAAGGACCUAAAGGGGUAUAUCAGAUAAGCAGACAAAUCAAAGCUCACGAUGGCAGUGUGUUCACACUCUGCCAAAUGAGGAACGGCAUGCUGCUAACUGGAGGUGGGAAAGACCGAAAGAUCAUCCUGUGGGAUCAUGAUUUGAAUCCCGAAAGGGAAAUUGAGGUUCCUGACCAGUAUGGAACAAUUAGAGCAGUAGCAGAAGGAAAAGCAGAUCAAUUUUUAGUGGGUACUUCACGAAACUUUGUUUUGCGGGGAACAUUUAAUGAUGGUUUCCUAGUAGAGGUACAGGGACAUACAGAUGAACUCUGGGGACUGGCAUCCCAUCCUUUCAAAGAUUUAUUUUUAACAUGUGCCCAAGAUAGGCAAGUCUGUAUGUGGAACUCUGUGGACCACACACUAGAAUGGACCAGGCUGCUAGAUGAACCGGGACACUGCGCUGACUUCCAUCCCAGCGGAGCAGUGGUCGCAAUAGGAACACACUCGGGCAGGUGGUUUGUUUUGGAUGCGGAAACGAGGGAUCUGGUUUCAAUACACACUGAUGGCAAUGAACAGCUCUCGGUGAUGCGCUACUCAGUAGAUGGCACCUUACUUGCAGUUGGAUCCCAUGACAAUUUUAUUUACCUCUACGUAGUAACAGAAAAUGGAAGAAAGUAUAGCAGAUACGGAAAAUGCACUGGACAUUCCAGCUAUAUUACACACCUUGACUGGUCCCCGGACAACAAGUAUAUAAUGUCAAACUCAGGAGACUAUGAAAUACUAUACUGGGACAUUCCAAGUGGCUGUAAGCUAAUCAGGAAUCGUUCUGACUGUAAGGAUAUAGAUUGGACAACAUACACUUGUGUGCUAGGCUUCCAGGUGUUUGGAGUUUGGCCCGAAGGAUCAGACGGGACAGACAUAAAUGCCCUUGUCAGAUCUCAUAACCGAAAAGUGAUAGCAGUUGCUGAUGAUUUUUGUAAGGUCCAUCUCUUUCAGUAUCCCUGUUCCAAGCCAAAGGCUCCGAGUCACAAAUACAGCGCUCACAGUAGUCAUGUGACAAACGUCAGCUUCACCCAUAGCGAUGGUCACUUGAUUUCAACUGGAGGGAAAGACAUGAGUAUUAUUCAAUGGAAAUUAGUGGAGAAGGUAACUCUACCACAAAAUGACAUUGUCGUGGACAUCGGUGCAACCAAAGUGCCCAUCCCUGCCAGUGAGAAUGCUGUACAGUGUCCUGCACCUCUCCCACAGCCUUUUAACGAAAUGAACCAAAACGAAAGUGUAACUGGCAGCUCUCCAGCUUCUUUGGAGAGCAACUUGGAGCAGUCUGCGGAGGCCAGCGAAGAGCAAAGUGAGGAACAAAGUGAGGGGAGCAGCCUGGAUCCUGCCGAGCCGGGCUACGAGGAGCCCUCCAACGAGACGAGCGAGGAGCACAGCGAAUCCACGGUCACUGAAGAGCAGCAAGAUAACUCACCGGUGUCUUAACGCUCCCAACUCAGGCGGUUGUUAUUUUCCCUUCGUAUGCGUGCUUUCAUUACAGGGUGAGGGUUCAAAUAGGGAAAAGUAGCUGAGAUUCAUGACCACUCCAGCUUUUGAGUUUCCGUGAGGUUUUUAGUCUGAGCUUCAGUUCAACGUGUGGAACCAUCCCAAGGGCCUGGCUUGGUGGUCUGUGUCAAGAUCUGCUCACAGUUAGUAGUGGACAUUACCAUAGAUCCAUUUCAGUUCUGAAAUUGCCAUCAGGAAGUCGCAUGAAAUAUAUACUGGAAAAAAGGUUAGCUCUGAGAAUCAGCUGAAGUAGACCACCUUAACUAAGUGAAAGUGCUUUCUGGAAAGAACUAAGCUGAUGGGAAGUGCUGAGCUGUUCCAGCUGGAGAGUACUGUGCUGCUUUUUCCAGGUGCGAAGACAACAAAAAAAUAUAAAUGAAAAAGCUCUUUGUAGGGCUGUUUUCCUUUGUUUUUUCUUAAUGAGAAAAACAGAGGAAAAACAAUGUAAUGAUGCCACAUGUAUGGCAAUGCCUUCUUGAUCUAACACAUAUGCAAUUUUCUAACACUACUAAUUCCUAAUGGAAUCUGGAUGUGUUUGCAGUUGGUCUGCCCUGGGUGCUGCUAGUUCUAAGACGAAUCCUGUCGAGGAACGGUGACGGCUGUUCCAUUUUCACAGACUGCGUGGUAACAGACUAACCAAAUACUGGCGUGUUUCACUUUUCAUGACCCGAAAGUUGAUUUUAAACUGUGGGAUGUAAUUGUCUCUUCAAAGAAUUGCUUGCCUAAAGGGUUUGAAACUUAAAGAGAGUCUUUACAGUGACUUUGAUGUGAACAGCAGAGGAAGCGUGGCAGGAACACAGAAGUCAGAUGGGCUCCAGAGUUAAACUUUAAGCCUUCAAGCAGAACUUGCUCCAUCCCUAGUAGGAGAACUAUAAAUACAGUUAACUUAAAUUAUUAAAUUGGUGCUUAGGAUUAGUAAUUAAGUUGAUCAUUUUUUUCUUCUGAAUUUUUAGAGGUUACUCUAAGAAUCAUUAAACUGCAAUC